AAAUUAUGAUAUCAAGAAUUGGGAAAAAAUUUCAAAUUAUUUAAAUUCUGAGAACUUCACGAAUAUACACGUUAUUAAUCGUGCUCAAAUUAUCGAUGAUCUUUUUGAUUUUGUGGAUGGAAGAAUAAGUGGAUUUGUCUUCCUUAAUCUUGUAAAAUAUCUACAGCGAGAAGUCGAUUGUGUGGCAUGGUAUCCAUUACUGUUCCAAGUUAUACCAUCGUUAAAGAAUACUAUUUUCCUACCAGAGGCCACAUAUAUCAAGAUAACCAUAAUGACACUCCUUAGCUAUCUUUUUCAAAAUAUAGGAUACUUAGAAAAUAUUGAUGAUAAUGAUAUUACAAAACAAGUAAGACUAAGAGCCAUAAAAUGGGCAUGUAUCAUCGAUGACAAAUUUUUCAAGAAUACGAUCGAUUUUAAAUUGAAUCAACAUCUCGUGGAUGAACUUUAUAGAAUGUCACCGGAACAUAAUUUUAUGUAUUGUAUUGAUUUGAUGGCAGCCAAUAGAACUACUUGGGAUAAAAUAUUGGAAUUAUAUCAAAAGACAGAUCCAAAAGAGGAAAAUUUUAAAACAAUGUUGUUGAAAAGUUUGAGUUGCUCCGAAAAUUCUGAUAUUAUCAUCAACUAUUUAAAUAUUACAACAUUUAAUACUUUAUUAUUUCAUGAAAAGGAACGUUCUUUUAUCAUCAAGUCUAUUCUUGAUAAGCAUUUGAACAACACUUUGAUCCUUGAUUAUAUUUUAAACAAUUUUGAAACUAUAAAACCCAAAUCACUUACUACAACUGAGAUAAUAAAACUUAUUCUUGGGAAUGUUUUUUACGAUAAACAAAUCGAUAAGAUGAAAGUAUUCUCGGACGCUAAUUUUGCUCAUGAUCCAAUAACUCGGAAUGCAAUUAAAAAACUGAUACAAAAGCGUGAAAAUUUUCUUAAAAAAAGCCUGGAGAGUUUUAAAAAAUACUUCUUUUAGAAGAACAUCAACUGUAAUGAUCGAUCAGAAAGAAAUAUAAUACAAAACAUAUAUUUAACUACCUAAA